AUGGCUAGCGCUGCAGAACUUAAAGACCUUGGCAACAAAGCGUUUGCGGCCAAGGACUACGACAAGGCUAUCGAUCUCUUCUCUCAGGGUAUCGCCCUCGAUCCAAAAAACCACGUCCUGUACUCCAAUCGUAGUGCUUGCUACGCCGGUAAAAAGAACUGGGCAGAGGCCCUCAAGGAUGCAGAGUCGUGUGUUUCGGUGAAUCCAACAUGGUCGAAGGGUUUCGCAAGGAAAGGCGCUGCGUUGCAUGGUUCCAGGAGAUUUGACGAGGCAAUUGUCGCCUAUGAGGAGGGUUUGAAGCUAGAGGAUAGUCCCGCGCUCCGGAAAGGGCUGAAAGAGGUCCAGGACGCGAAAGCCCUCGACGCACGGGAAGAGGCCACUGGGUUCGGAAAGAUGUUCUCCGAUCCUAAUCUGUUUGGCAAACUGGCUGCCAACUCACGUACUCAGAAACAUUUGGCAGAUCCUGCCUUCGUUCAGAAACUUCAAAUGAUACAACAGAACCCAGGGCUCGCAGAUUCCGCGAUGCAAGACCCAAGAAUGAUCGAUGUCCUCGGUGCUUUAAUGGGCAUCGACAUGCAGGGCUUUACGCGACCUGAAGGCUCUGAUGAACUUCCACCUGGCAUGUCAACUUCUCCUCCUCCCGCGAAGCCCUCUGCGCCACCCCCGACGGCCUCAACUUCCAAACCAGCACCGCCACCUCCAGAACCAGCCGAAGAUGUCGAAAUGACGGAAGAAGACCAGGAAGAGGCAGCGGCAAAGCGGGAUGCUGAGGCGGCAAAGAAAUUGGGCAGCGAGGCCUACAAGAAACGGGACUUCGCAGAAGCUGCUACCCAAUUCUCGAAAGCUUGGGAUCUCUGGCCAAAAGACAUAACCUUCCUGACAAAUCUUGGCGCUGUUUAUUUCGAGCAAGGGGAAUAUGAUAAGGCCAUCGAGACAUGUGAGAAGGCGGUUGACGAGGGACGAUCGCUGAGGGCGGACUACAAGCUGAUUGCCAAGGCUUACGGUCGUGUCGGGUCUGCGUUCCAGAAGAAGAACGACCUGGAGUCCGCGGUGAAAUACUUCCAAAAGUCGUUAUCCGAGCAUCGAACUCCCGAUGUGCUCAACAAACUACGUGACACUGAACGACAAAAGGCAGAAGCUGACAAAGCCGCCUACAUCGACCCCGCCAAGAGCGCUACCGCUCGGGAGGAGGGCAAUGUUCAAUUCAAGAGCGGUGAUUUCGCGAGCGCGGUCAAAAGCUACAGCGAAAGUAUCAAGCGAGACCCUAGCGAUGCCAGGGGCUACAACAACCGAGCAGCUGCCUACAUGAAGCUGGUCGCGUUCCCAGAAGCUCUGAAGGAUGUCAACGAAGCUAUCAAAGUCGAUUCUGAAUUCACCAAGGCCUACAUCCGAAAGUCAACGAUCCUCUAUUCUAUGCGCGAAUAUACGAAGGCAAUUGAAGCAGUCCAAGAAGCACGAAAUCACGACCCGGAGCACAAGCACACGAAAGAAAUUGCUGACCAGGAAAUGAAGUGUCAACAGGCUUUGUACGCUCAGCGCGGGGAAGAGACACAAGAGCAAACGCUGGAACGGGCAAUGCGUGACCCAGAGGUUGCUCAAAUCAUGGGUGAUCCCAUAAUGCAACAAAUUCUCCAGCAAGCGCAGGGAAAUCCCGGUGCCCUCCAGGACCACAUGCAGAACCCCAUGAUUCGUGAAAAGAUCAUGAAGCUCGUUAACGCUGGCAUUAUACGAACAGGCUGA